AUGUAUAGGGAACAUCGUUGGGAUCUUAAGCAACUCAUCGGAUCUGGUGGCAUGCCUUCAUCCCAUUCUGCAACAGUCACUGCUUUUGCGGUUGUUGUUGGUUUACAAGAUGGCCUUGGUGGUUCUUCCUUCGCAACUGCACUCAUCAUAGCUUGUAUUGUAAUGUAUGAUGCAACUGGUGUAAGACUGCAAGUUGGGCGUCAAGCAGAGGUUUUGAAUCAAAUCGUAUACGAACUUCCAGCUGAACAUCCUUUAGCUGAGAGCAUACCUUUAUGUGAACUUCUUGGCCACACCCCUCCUCAGGUUAUUGCUGGUGGGUUGUUGGGCACGAUGACAGCAACAAUCAUUUACUUGAUCUCUUAUUCUGGUAGUUCUGCUUGA